AUGGUUGCCAUAAACCUGAACCUAUGCUGCUGGGCUCUCUCCGCAGUGAUGCCCAGACUGGUUUCGUACCCCGAUAGCACGGUGUACAGCACUUCAUUGCAGUCCUAUUGGUCUCAGCAAGAAGUGCAUGUUACUCCUUCAUGUGUUGUAUCACCCACAACGGCUCCAGAAGUCUCACUGGCCGUGAAGACUCUCACAACCCUAGGCUUCUGCAAAUUUGCCGUUCGAAGUGGUGGCCAUACUCCCUUCGCAGGGAGCGCGAAUAUGGCCACAGGUGUCACGAUAGACCUAGCUGCCUUGAAUCAGAUUACGCUCUCCGCGGACAAAAGCUUGGUUACCAUCGGCCCUGGCCAGAGAUGGGGGAACGUUUAUGCCGAACUGGAACCUCUUGGCCUCGCAGUCGCUGGCGGGAGGUCAUCUAGUAUUGGUGUAGGGGGUCUUACUCUGGGCGGUGGCACUUUCUACUUUGCACCUCGCGAGGGGUUCACAUGCGAUAAUGUCGAAUCCUUCGAAGUGGUUCUCGCUGACGGGUCCAUUGUCACCGCCGAUGCUGUCGAGAAUUCCGAUCUUUUCGUUGCUUUGAAGGGCGGAUCCAACAAUUUUGGCAUAGUGACGCAAAUCACAUAUCGAACGUUUGCACUGGGUCCUAUAUGGGCAGGCAAUAUCAUCUAUCCCGUGAGCACUGUGGCCCAGAAUAUACAGGCGUUCAGUGACUUUAUCUCCGCUCCGAACUUUGAUCAAAACGCGUCGAUGAUGCAGACCUUUGGAUACACUGCUGGCUUUGGUGGCGCUAUAGUCAAUGCACCCGUGUACGCGGCGCCUGUGGUUAAUCCACCAGCCUUCCAAAACUUCACAGCAAUUCAGCCACAGAUGGAAAACACCAUGGCUAUUACUACUCUGUCCAACACCUCCAUUGCACUUGAUGCUAGUUCGCCAGGGGGUUUCUAUCAAAUUCUGGCCUCAAUUACAAUCGAGAACGACGUCCAAACCCUGCAGACGGUAUUCGAUUUAUGGAAUACUAGCUGUGCUGAUAUCGCCAACGUAUCUGGAAUCGUGUGGACCAUCACUACUCAGCCCAUCAACAAUGCAGUGUUAUCCAAGACUACUGGCCUUGGUAACAGCCUUGGCUUGCCCACAUCAGCACCAAGUGGUUCCUUUAUCAUCGUGGAGCUCGCAGCAACGUGGAGUCAGGCCAAUGACAGCACGCUCGUGACUACUUCUGCGAACGAGUUGAUUGGUGAUAUCACAGCGGCGGCGAAAGCCUUGGGUACCUGGAAUCGGUAUAUAGACCUCAACCACGCAACCACAGGCCAAGACCCUAUUAGUUCGUAUGGACCGACUGUCAAAGCGAAACUGCUAGCUGUGAGCAAGAAGUACGACCGACAUGGAGUGUUUCAAAAACUGGUUACUGGCGGGUUCAAACUAAGGUGAAAAUGGCGUAUAUUAUAUCAAUAAGCGGCGUUUAAUAUUAGAAUCUAAUCUUGCGAUUGACCAC